UCGUUUGUUUUGAUUCUCAAAUUUUAAUUCUGCUCAAUUUUUCCUAAAAAUUUUAAUUUUUUAUCAAGAAUUUAAUUUUUUAACGCCCAAAAAAUGGUCGUCGCCAUCGGUUUCGAGGGCAGUGCCAACAAAAUCGGCGUCGGCAUUGUUCGCGACGGCGAAAUUCUCGCAAAUGUUCGUCGCACGUACAUCACGCCGCCCGGUUUGGGAUUUUUGCCCAAAGAAACGGCGCAACAUCAUCGCUCCGUCAUUUUAGCAAUUCUGAAAGAAGCCCUCGAAGCAUCUGGGCUCAAGCCGUGCGAAAUUGACGUCGUUUGUUACACAAAAGGACCCGGAAUGGCGCCUCCGUUGCUGACAGUGGCGAUAGUUGCUCGAACCGUCGCUCAAUUGUGGAAUAAGCCGAUUUUGGGCGUGAAUCACUGCAUCGGGCACAUCGAGAUGGGUCGACUGGUGACAAAAGCGCGGAAUCCGACGGUGCUUUAUGUGAGUGGCGGUAAUACCCAAGUGAUUGCCUACGCCGAGAAGCGAUAUCAGAUUUUCGGGGAGACAAUCGACAUCGCAGUCGGGAAUUGCUUGGAUCGAUUUGCGCGGAUUAUUAAAUUAUCGAACGAUCCGAGUCCGGGUUACAAUAUUGAGCAAAUGGCGAAAAAGGGAAAAAAAUAUCUGCCGUUGCCGUAUUGCGUCAAAGGCAUGGAUGUGAGUUUUUCGGGCAUUUUAUCCUUCAUCGAGAACAAAGUUGAGGGUCAUGCGAAGAAACACAAGUCACGCAAAGCCAAAGAACCCGAGGAAACGUACAGCAACGAAGAUCUCUGCUUUUCGCUGCAAGAAACGCUCUUCGCCAUGUUGGUUGAGACGACGGAACGGGCGAUGGCGCAUUGUGGCUCGCAAGAAGUCCUGAUCGUAGGUGGGGUCGGAUGCAACGAACGAUUGCAGGAAAUGAUGGGAAUCAUGUGCAAAGAGCGAAAUGCGACUCUUUUUGCGACAGACGAACGUUUUUGCAUCGAUAACGGAGUCAUGAUUGCCCAUGCAGGCGCCGAAAUGUUCGGAAGUGGCUCACGGAUGACUUGGAAGGAAACGACAAUCACGCAGCGAUAUCGAACCGAUGAAGUCGAAGUCACUUGGAGAGACGAUUGAAAAUAAAAAAAAGACCUCAAGUCAUAAUUAUUACUACAGUUUUUUAUGAUAUUUAGCAAAAAAAAAAAAUAAAAAAAAAGUAACCGAACGACCACGAAACGAUUAAACUUGCAUUAUAAAGUGUAGAAAAAAGAAAGUUUUUCUGUUCGUGCAAAUGCCUUUUCGUUGCGAUUUGUUGCAUAUAAGCAUCGUUGGCAGUUUGUUUGCAUAAAAUUCAACAACAACAACAACAAAGGAACCUGGCUAACGUUUUAUUUUCGUUGCAGUUGUUUAUUUGUUGCUUAGAGUCGUUGUACCGCGGUGCGGAGAGGCAAUAUCGUAAAAGUUCUUAAAUCAUCGAAAAAUGCAAUAAAUAGUACAAAGACUUGAUGUGAGGGCAAAAUGCUUGGUAUGAAAGCGUAUUUUGACUUUUUUUUGAAAAAAAUCUCUUUCGUGAAUAAAAAUUCAGAGAAUUCAUUUUUUACUUUUAAAAUAAUUAAAAAUCAGUUUUAAAAGAAAAUUUUAAAAAAAUUAUUAAAAAUUCAUUAAAUUU